AUGUCGUCGUUAGCUGCAACCCAAGCGGACGGCUACUACGUGCCGCCCGAGUACUUUGAAUCGGGAGCGUACCAAAAGAAGUCCAAGAAUCAGUGGCAUGCUGCCACCGCUUCCCGAGGCAAAGCCAAGUCCAACCAGUCCCAACCGGUCGUUCGCUUCGAAUUGCCCCACUCCGGUGUUUGUGAAGCAUGCGAUGCCCGUAUUAUGCGUGGAACGCGAUACAACGCGACCAAAAUUGCCACGGACGAAUUUUACUUUUCCACUCGUAUUUGGGAAUUUCGUAUCCAAUGUCGCGCCGAUUGUACGCAGCAGUUUGUGAUACGAACCGAUCCGGCCGCUCGUGAUUUUAAGUACGUCUCGGGCAUUCGAUUGCGAGUCCAAACAUGGGAUACGGUGGAAGCAGGGAGUCUGGGGGUCGUGGAUUUGGCGCAAUCCGGACCCCGCGCGCACGCGUUGGAAUCGGCCGCCAUCGCGAGCGAUUUGGAACGUCUGGAAGUCGCGCAGUUGGGUGCCCGCCGAGCCCAAACGGAAGUGGAACAACUCAUGACGCUGCAACGAUUGAAUCUGAACAUAUAUCGCAACGAUGCGGACCGCAACGCACAAAUUCGUAGGGGAUUUCGAACGGAACGACAAUCUCGCAAACGUCAACUAGUGAACGGUGAUGCUUUGGGAUGGAGGCGAGGCAUGUCGUUGUUGGAUCACAACAGUGCGGAUGAAGGACAGGCAAAAGCACACCCACUGCGAAACAAGAAGUAA